UGGCGAGGCAUCUUGCUAAACUUUAGUACUGCAGACUGAGCGUGUGACUCAGUGUGGGAAAACGAUAGAUACCAUUACCAUGUUGGUUGGAUAACUGAGAGAUGAUGAUGAUUUCAACUUCAACCAUGGCUUUGGCUUCUUUACUACCCAAAACGGCACCGCAUGUCCUUUCCCUCACAAACCCUUCCGCUUCCACUCCCUUCAUCUUACCUUUCAGUUUCCACUGUUUGCCUCACCCUCCUCUUCUCUCUGCCCUCAAAGCUAGUUCCUCCGGUGGCGACGAUUUACGCGGCAAGCCCCUGCUUUCUCAGGGAAUUGGAAAGGGAAUUUUGGAGGAACAUGCCUUUGAAGACGACGACGACGACAAAUGGGUUGAUUGGGAGGACCAGAUUUUGGAGGACACCGUUCCUCUCGUCGGCUUCGUCAGAAUGAUUCUUCACUCUGGACAAUAUGACAAUGGAGAUAGACUAAGUGCAGAGCAUGAGAAAACCAUUAUUGAGAAGCUGCUUCCCUUUCAUCCAGAAUUUGAGAAAAAGAUCGGAAGUGGAGUUGAUUAUAUCACUAUUGGAUAUCAUCCUGAUUUUGAACGCUCUAGGUGUUUGUUCAUAGUACGAGAAGAUGGAGAGCUGGUUGAUUUUUCAUAUUGGAAAUGCAUAAAGGGCUUGAUCAGAAAGAACUAUCCAUUAUAUGCAGACAGUUUCAUUCUCAGACAUUUCAGGAAGAAGAGUCGUAAUUUGUGAAGUUAGCACUGUCUUUUGCUGGUUGGACCAUUUCGUUUUAGAAUUCGCUUCUUCUUUUUUAAUCCCUUUUGAUUUCUCGUGCUAUUUUAUUGCUGGUAGCAUGUUAUUUUAAAGGUCUGAGAAAAACGAAUACAAAUUUUUUUGGAGUUCUGAAGAGUGGUUAGCAUUUAACGACUCACGACAAAAGAUUGCCAUCAAUGCCGGAAAUUGUACCCAUUUUAUUGUUGACAAUAUUCGCAGUGAUAUAAAAAUAUGGGAAUGUAGAUUAUGUAUAUAGACCUUGAUGAUACUGUACCUUUCUGUUCAAAUAAUUUUUCAAUUUGAAGAAUUGAAGUUUAUUUUA